CAGAUAGAAUACAUUUCCACAAAAGGCACAUUACUGUACCUUAAGAAGAUACAUUUGUGACUUCAGACAUGGCAUCACUAUCAGAUGCACAAUGGAAAAAGCUUCAGGAGUUCUGGGUAAAGAAUGUCGAACCCAACCUUACAAAACAUGGCCACGAGGUUUUAGUUCGCAUGUUUGUGAAUCAUAAAUCAACACUGGAGUACUUUCCUAAGUUUCGUCACCUUACUACUGAAGCAGAGAUGAGAAGCAAUGAAGAUAUCCGAAAACAUGGCAAUACUGUCUUUACUGCCUUGGGAAAACUGGUGAAGCUGAAAGGCAAUGUUGAAGGAGACUUACGUUCAAUGGCUGACUCACAUGCCAACAAGCAUAAGAUUCACCUUGAAAACUUUGAUAUUAUAUCGAAAGUCAUCGACAAUUACUUCCAUGAAUCAUUCCCAGGAGAUUAUGGAGCAGAUGUCCAGGACUAUAUGAAGGCAACACUUGCACUGAUUGUCCAGACUUUGACUAAGCUGUACAAGGAACUAGGAAAAUAAAGACUGAAUGAAUGCACUAAUAUGAACACACUUUGUAAAGAUAAAGCUCUUACCCUCACAUUGCUAAUUACUGAUAAAAUGGAAUCAGUGCCUGAAGUUUAAUAACACAUGUUAACAAUGUUUUAUUUUUUGAAAAGUUCGCUAUGCUUAUAGUUUUAAGCUUUGCUAAAUUUAUUUUGGAAAAAAAACUGAAUGUGGUCAUAUUUUUAAACAAAUAUAGACUACACUAGGAUAUGAUGUUAAACUAAUCAAGUUUCACAGAAAAAGUUGCAUACACUGAACAUUUGACAAGGGCUAAAAUAGAAACCUUUAUAUAAAUGUUGUUUUAUGGUGCUAAAAUGUGUGGGUGUUUGUGUGGUAUAUAGGUGCAUAGGAGAUUACUAGGCUAAUGGCUUAAGAGCACUUACAAGCCUAGCCAGUAAACCCAAUUUUACCUAAUAUCUGGCCACUAGGGGUAAGAGGAUGGCAUGGGUAUAUGCCUAUGCCUUGAGUUUCUUACAGAUUGCCCCUGUCCAUAAGGGACAUAGGCACUACUCAUGGUAUGAAUUUGUGAUUCCCCAAGCAUUUGAAGAGGGACAGGGAAGGGCCCUGCUGGGUGUGAAUACAAAGCCUGUUCCAAAGAAGAGAUAAUCUCUGAGACACAUAUUUGUCCCUCAUGCUGCCUGACUUGUAGAUGUGUAGCAGCUCCAUCAAGGCUGGAUUUGUAAAUGGCUAGUAGGUCAGGCAUAGGUCACCCCUUAGUAGUCUGUAGGAGACAGAUUAAAGGGACAGGGCUUUUGGUCUGUCUGCAUAGGACAUGUUUGCACCCUGUAUUUUCUUUGUGAGGAACCUCUGAGGUCACUCCAACUGGUGUAUGUGCCUAUUCAAGUACACAACAAAUGGCUCAUUGUGCUCGAUUAUUGCUUUAAUGAGGGCUGAGUACUGCAAGACUAUAAUUUCCUUGGAUCUGAAUGCCAUACCUUUACUUAUAAGUUGUGCCACAUAGUUGGGCUUCCACACCACUGUGGACACAUGGCAGUCAAUGUUCAGGCUACUUCUAUCUGUGUACCAAGAUCUCUCACCUCUGAGUCACCUCUUAGGGGUGUGCUAUUGAUAUUGUAAUUUGCAGGGGUACCUGACUUCUCACAUUUACUUUUAGGCCAUGGUUCUGGCACCAAUCAUUUGCCUGAUUUAGACCCUCCUGAAGGAUAUCUAAAUCAUUGGGGGAUUCAAUGAUUGCCCCAGCUUGCAGUUGUUGACACACUUUGUCAUCCAGAGGCCUUCCACAUUAGCCAUGACUUCAGAGAAGUAUAAUUUGAACAGGAGUGGACCCAGCACUGAGCCCUGUGGCACACCAUUAGUAACUAACCUCUUGCUGGAUCUGGAUUUACCAACUUUAAACACGUGUUCUGUCUAUGAGCCAACUGUCUAGCCAUCUGCUGAUGUAGGGAUUUAUGCCCAAUUUUGUGAGUUUAUUUAUAAUAGGUGAAUGGAGAAUGAGUCAUUUGUAAUACAUGAAUGGGGAUUAAAUGGGUUAGCUGCCUUCUGGGUCAUUUUCAACCUAGCCAAUUUCAUUCAAAGCUGAGAGUCAGACCCUGUACCCUGUGUCUGUGAGGUAAACAUCUUAGCCAUUAUGCCAGUCUCUUAUGGCUACACAAUGACCAUAUCACAGGAAAUUAAUUCUAGUAAAUUUGAGACUGUCACACAAGUAUGCAUUUCUGUCAAUAUAUACUUAUAUAUCAUGCACAGGACUACACUCUGAUCUCAACACAUGCACACACACACACACACACA